GUCGCGUCGCAUCGGCGCGGAAGUUAAUUGGACAAUUGGACUCUACGGAGUCCGUAUCCCAUCACAAUCUGUUUUUUCCUCUCUAACUCGCAGUUUUGUACAUACUUAAGUACAUAAGAAACUCGUACUCGCGAGUGUGGUCAUUUUAUAUUUUCUAUGUCGAUGUGCAAUUAGCGGCAUACACAAUACCUACUGCAGUGCAGCGGCGCUCUCUGGGUACACUGUUAACACUGUCAUCACAUUUAUCCUCGCAAGAAGUAGUAUAGACGUGGAAAAGGUGGAGGCACGAAAUGAUUUGUCCUUGCAGUCGUCUUCCCGUGGCUGCUUUAGAAAAGGCCCGGACGAUGUUGGUGCCUCGCUUCUUUGUCGCCGUACUGGUCACCUGCCUCUUGAUAUUCGAGCGGUGCUCCAAUGUGAACGGCACCGCGACGCAACUCAACGAUGACAACGUGGAUAUGACGUUAGGAUCUCAUGAAAUUGUUCUUGUUAACUUUUAUGCGGAUUGGUGCCGUUUCAGUAAUAAUCUUAUGCCUAUUUUUGAUAAUGCUGCAGCCAAAGUCAGAGAGGCUUUUCCAGAGCCUGGGAGAGUUGUGCUUGCAAAAGUAGACUGUGAUCGAGAAAGUAAUCUUGCUACUAAGUAUCACAUAACAAAGUUUCCCACUCUUAAAAUCAUAAGAAAUGGCGUUCCUCUCAAAAAAGAGUACAGAGGAAAGCGUUCUGAAGAAGCUUUUGUUGAAUUUAUCAAAAAGCAGUUAGAGGAUCCAAUCAUUGAAUUCCAACAUAUUGCAAACCUUACAAACCUGGAUGAUAAAAAGAGAUCAGUUAUUGGAUACUUUACUUCAAAAGAUACUCCCGAAUAUCAAAUAUUAUCACGUGUUGCUGGAAACCUUAAGGAUGACUGUCAGUUUCACGUUGGUUUUGGCUUAUGUUCCGAAGAAAAAUGUGAUAUUACGGAACACUUAAAAUUGUUAGAUGCAAGUAGGGAAAUGCAUCCUCCUGGUCAAUCAAUUGUGGUGUUUAGACCUGAUAAGGCUAUAUCAAACGAAAAUGAUGAAACAUACCAUGGUUCUCUACUUAAUUAUGAAGAGUUGAACAAAUGGGCUUACAGUAAAUGUAUACCACUUGUUCGAGAAAUUACCUUCGAGAACGCAGAGGAAUUAACAGAAGAAGGCUUGCCAUUUCUCAUUCUCUUCUAUGACCCUAAAAGUGAUUCAAUUACUGUUAAGCAAUUCAAAGAUAUUGUUGCCAAAUUUAUGGAAGAUGAUAAAAAGAGGAUCAAUUUCUUGAUUGCCAAUGGACACGAUUUUCAACAUCCACUUCACCAUUUAGGAAAAUCAAUUAAGGACUUGCCACUCAUAGCAAUUGAUAGUUUUCGUCAUAUGUAUUUAUUUCCGGAAAAUCCAAUUGAUUUGACGAAUUUAAAUGUCAACCGACUAAAACAAUUUAUAGAAGAUUUGCACUCAGGUAAACUCCAUCGAGAGUUCCAUUACGGAGUAGAGGCGCAGGCUCCCAGCAUUGACACUGAAAAAACCCCGACGACGCCACCAGAAUCGACGUUUAAGAAAUUAGCACCUAGUAAAAAUCGUUACACUCUACUUCGCGACGAGUUGUAGUAUUUUUUAUCUUCGAUCUGAAGUGAUUGUCAAGUUUGACGAAUUGUAGCUGUCCUUCGAUAGCGAUUGCAGUUCGAUAAUAAGUAAAAUGAAGCAAGUGAAAUGUAAAGAACUCUUUCUGUAAUACUCUAAGUACUGUUAAAACUUCCAGCCAGCAGUGGAAAUUGUACGUGUUUUGAGUUAAUUGCGAAGCAUUGUUACGCAGUGUCUUCUUUUUAUUUUAUUAUUAUUACUUUUUUUUUUUUAUCAUACCCACUCAAAAAAAUCUUAUAAAAAGUUAUUCUCUUGGUUUAGAGUAUAUUAAAAAAAAUAUUCUAAAGUGAUUGUAUGCAACUGAUUAUGCGGUGUGAAUGGCGUGGAUGAAAAGUUGAAUUUGUUAAGCAGCGAGUCGAUGAUUACCAGCCAACACCAAUUUACAAUUUUAUUUAAAUGCACAGAUUUUUUGGUGUGAUUUUCGUUGUUUUAAGAUUUGUCUUAUAAACCAACAACGAACUAAGCAUUGCUGUUGUAAAACAGCUUAUAAAGAAAAUUAUUAAAUCCAUAUUGAAUAUUGUGCUAUAAAAUAUAAAAUUCAAGUGGUAAUAAAUUUUACAUUGUUAAAAAUUUUGAAUAUUGAUCUGUUAGUUUCGUUUUUUAGCACCCAUGCCACUGACUUUGAAAUUACUAAAAUUUUGAAUAAAUAAGUAUUUUAAAAGAUCAAUCUAAAUAAAUCUCAUAAUAGCGACAGAAAACGCACAGAGAUUUAUCUUUCAUUUUUUUAUAAUAUUGUACAAAGUAGUAAAUAGAAUUGUGUAUGAAUUAAGACAAUUGCCUUGAAAAUAGAGGGUUGAGACAUUUUUUUCUUGUUUGUGUAGGCGUGUUUCAUGAACUUUUUCUCGUUUUAAAUAUUUUUUAAACCAU